AUGACGGACGACCAGCCCGCCCGACCGGCGACCUUCAAGGGCUGCCUCGAGCUGGACGCCUUCAAAUACACCAGUGCCACCGCGGAACCAACGCGUCGCAGCCCUCGGCGCGCAGCCUCAAUCGCCAUCCAGACCAGGGCCCAGCACGAGCGCCAAACCUCGUCGCCGCGUCCCCCAGGGUCCCCGCCACGGAAGAGGAAGAAGUGGGAGGCGGACGCGGACGCGGAAGAGGAGGACAAGAACGAGAACAGUGACAAGAACGAGAAGCGGAAGAGGAGCCGCGCCCGGCAGGCAACGGGCUACGCGCCGCCCUCGACAUACGCCCACCUCCCGCUGCUCCCCGACGCCAUCGCCCACAACCUCCUCGUGCUCUUCGUCGGCCUCAACCCCGGCAUACGGACCGCCAUGACCGGCCACGCGUACAACCACCCGUCCAACCUCUUCUGGAAGCUCAUGUACUCGAGCGGCGUCACGCCGCGCCGGUGCCGCGCAGAGGAGGACCGGGACAUGCCGGCCCUGUACUCGCUCGGGCUGACCAACAUCGUGGCCCGGCCCACGCGCAACGGCUCCGAGCUCAGCAGGGCCGAGAUGGACGACGGCGUAGCCCUCCUCGAGGACAAGGCGAGGACGUACCGCCCCGAGAGCGUGUGCGUCGUGGGGAAGAGCAUAUGGGAGAGCAUAUGGCGGGUGCGGCACGGGUCCAACGUGGGCAAGCGCUUCCGGUACGGGUGGCAGGACGAGACGGAGAACAUGGGCGUGGUGGAGGGCUCAUGGGGCGGCGCGAGGGUCUUUGUCGCGUCGAGCACGAGCGGCUUGGCCGCGACUCUGGGACCGGCCGAGAAGGAGAGCAUCUGGCGCGAGCUGGGGGCGUGGGUGACGAGGAGGCGGGCUGAGAGGGGGGCUGCUGACGUGAAGACGGAGCGGGAGCUGGAGGCGGCAGAGUGA